AUGUCCUCCAGUGAUGACGAUCUGCGGUUUCGAAGUGCGUCGGAAAGUAGUGCGCUGCUAUCCGCGUUCAAGGUCAAGCCAUUGGAAGGACAGUCAGGUGAGAAAUCGUUUCGCGCCACGCGACGCGCGUUCUGGAGCGAAGCUCGCGCCGUGUGGAAGAUGGCAUGGAAGGUAUCGCUAGUGACUGUGUGUCAAACGUCGUUGCCUACGAUCUCAGCUGCGUUUCUGGGUCAUUUGGGCAUGAACGAAUUGGCCGGCAGUGCGUUGGCCAACAUUUGGAUUUCAGGGGUUCAGGUGGUCAUCUACGGGUUCGCCGUCGCGCUUUGCACGUUGUGUGGUCAAGCUUACGGCGCGCAAAACUACGAACUGGUCGGGAUUUGGCUUCAACUCGGCAUCUUCUUCCUCACACUGUUCUCGAUUCCCGUGUGCAUCUCGUUCUUCUACGUCGAGCACAUCUUUGUGUACCUUUGCGACGACGUCCAAGUCCUCGCGUUCGCAAGUACGUACGCGCGGUACUCUGCGUUGAGCAUCUGGCCGCAGUGCGUCUACUACGCCCUUCGGCAAUACUUUCAAGCGCAGGAGAUCGUCACGCCCGCGACAGUCAUCAACGUCCUCAGCGUCGGCGUGUGCAUCGUCGCCAACCAAGUGCUCAUCUACGGCGUCGACGGCUGGAUACCCGGGCUCGGCUUUAUCGGGUCACCGCUCGCGCAGUUUGCUGCCGCCGUCUUCCAGCCGCUCGCCCUGCUCUUGUACUCUUGCUUUUUCCGACGACACCACGAAAAGACGUGGUACGGGUUCACGUGGGAGUGUUUGGAACGUGAGCGAGUGAAGCGGUUUCUGCUGUUGUCGCUUGGGAUGACUAUCAACAUGGCCAUGGAUGAAUGGGUGUACUCGUUCGCGACAUCGCUGGCGUCGUACCUGGGGCCAACAGUCUUAUCGGCCAACAGCAUCAUCUACAACCUGUGGAACCUCGUGUUUGGCGUGUACUGGGGCUUUGGGCUGCCGACGCAGGUCCGCGUCGCCAACUUCCUCGGGUCGUACCAACCGGACCGCGCCAAGCGCACCAUGUGGGUCGGCUUUGUGCUGGGCACGGCAGCCAGUGUCAUGUCGGCGCUCGUCGUGUACGUGUUCCGGCAACCCAUCGUGGAUGCGUUCACGCCCGACCCGCAGCUCCAGGCCACGAUCCAUAUGGCAUUGCCUGUGUUUUGCAUCGCCGUGUCGCUGUCGGGGCUGCAUCUGGUGCUGGCGGCGGUCGUAGAAGGCAUGUCGUUGGCGUCUACGUUGGUGUGCAUCACGGGCAUCGGGUCGUGGGUGAUUUUGUUGCCCAGUGCGUAUUUGUUUGGGGUUGUGUGGAACGGGGGGUUGCCGGGGCUGUGGUGGGGCAGUGUGCUGGGGGAACUGGCCAAGUUUGUCAUGAUGGCGGCCUUCUUGUACCAGAUUGACUGGGACGAGAUGGGCCUCCUCGCCGUCAAGAUGUCCGAGGGCGAAAUGGACGACGACGAAGUCGAGGACGACGUGAUCCAGCGCAUGACACGCAGCAUGUCGACGCCGUCGCUGCUGAGCACGCCGGUGCUGUCCAACUUUACGACCCCCCAGCAAGUGUACCCGCACCACCGUCUGUCUGAAGACGACCGGAUGCUGCACCUGUUACAUGGCGCCGCCAAGAACGCCAAUCGAAGCUACCGCACCGCCGACAGUUUGUGA